AUGAAAGGUGUGUAUCCUGGACAGAUGUUGACAGCAGUGGGUGUUGAUCCAAACAAUCAAAUCUAUCCUCUAGCUUAUGGGAUUGUGGAGUCUGAAAGUAAAAGCUCAUGCAGUUGGUUUCUUAACUGUCUUGGAGAUGAUCUUGACCUAAAUGAGAGGUCAAACUUUACAUUUAUCAGUGACAGACAAAAGGGAAUAAUUCUUGCUUUAGAAGAUGUGUUUCCAGCAGCAGAACAUAGAUUCUGCUUAAAGCACAUAUAUGAUAACAUGAAAAGUUAUUGGAGGGGACAAAUGUACAAAGACUAUCUUUGGAAAUUGGCUACAACAACUACUGUGGAACAGUUUAAUAGGGUGAUGGAAGACUUCAAGACAGUAGAUAAAGAUGCUUAUGAAUACUUGAAGAAGAUACCUCCAAUGCAUUGGUCUAGAUCCCAUUUCUCUAGUAGACCAAAGUGUGAUGUGCUAUUGAACAAUAUGUGUGAAGUUUUCAAUAGACAAUUGGUUGAUGGAAGGGAGAAACCAAUUAUACUUGCAUUAGAGUAUACCAGGGAGUAUUUAAUGAGGAGGCUUGCAAUUGUGCAAAAAGAUAUUGAUAAGUGUAGAGGGCCUUUGACACCAGUUGCAACUGGUUUGUUUGAGAUUAUUAAGAAAGAAGCUUUUAAGUACAAAGCAACCUUUAAUGGAUAUGCCAAAUUUGAAGUUGUUGGUCCUUGGAUGGAUCAGUGUGUUGUCAACAUGGAAAACAGAACUUGUUCUUGUAGGAAAUGGGAACUCACUGGGAUGCCAUGCAAGCAUGUUGCUGCUUAUAUCUAUGACAUGGCAGAUAAUCAACAAAAGGUUUAUCUACCUGAGAGUUAUUUGGAUCCAGUUUAUUGGCUUAAUACAUGGAAAAAGAUGUAUGAAUUCAAAAUUGGUCCUGUGACUGGAAAAAACUAUUGGCCCAAGUCUGAUUGGCCAAUUUUGGUAAAACCACCUAAGCAUCAUGUUCAGAUAGGAAGACCCAAGAAAAAAAGGAGAAAAAGCAAGGCAGAGUUGGAGAUUGUAAAAAAUGGCAAACUUUCAAGACAAGGAAAACAUGUCAAGUGUGGAAACUGCCAAGAACAUGGUCAUAACAAAAGAAAAUGCUCAAAUCGUCAAAAAAUUCCAGUUGGGAAAUCAAAGAAGGCCAGUCAAGGUUCCAAAGCUAGAAAGACCAAGAAGGCAAGGGUGGAGUAG